UCCCAUCCAUGGCGACUAUUGUAGUAAAUAUUGGGCUUUGCCCCACCGGUCUCCGGCCGCUCCUCCGCCGUGAGAUGGCUGUCGCGAGGCGGCCAACUCGCGGCGGCCGGUCACUUGCUUUGCAUGUCAAAGGAGGCGGCUUGAAGAUGAAUGGUAGUUUGAGCACAGAAGAAGAUAACUCCAAGCUGUUGAAAGAGUCGAUGGGAUUGGAAGACGACGGCCCGCCACGGUGGUUUUCGCCUUUGGAGAGUGGCCGGAGGUCGCCGAGAUCGCCACUGCUGCUCUUCUUACCAGGGAUUGAUGGUAGUGGACUUGGUCUUACUUUGCACCAUAGAAAGUUGGGAGAGAUCUUCGACAUAUGGUGCUUGCACGUUCCUGCUACGGAUCGAACGCCAUUGGCAGACCUAGUGAUGCUAGUUGAGAAUACCAUUAGGGGAGAGCAAGAUCAGUCAACAAAAAGACCUAUAUAUCUAGUUGGAGAGUCCCUUGGAGCAUCUCUUGCACUUGUUGUUGCUGCCAGCAAUCCCGACAUCGAUUUCCUUCUAAUUUUGGCAAAUCCAGCGACAAAUCUCAGCAAAUCAUUGGUGCAGAGUGUUUUACCUUUGUCGAAUAUGAUCCAUAAUCAACCAAAUGAUGGAUUGCUCGACUGGUUGAGCUCCAUACCAGUAGAAACAGUUAUGUGGAAGCUGAAGAUGAUUCAGGAGAUGCAAAAUUAUUUGGAUUCACAUCUUCAUGCUGUCAAAGCUCAGACAAUGAUACUUACAAGUGGAAGGGAUAUGCUCCUCACAAGCUUAACAGAAGGUGAUAGACUUAGCAGCACACUGCAAAAUAGCCAAAUUCAUUCGUUUAAUGGCAACGAUGAUCCUCUAUUCUUGGAUGAUAAAUUUGAUUUAGUAGCAGCAAUAAAGUGUGGCAGUUAUUACCGUUGUGGAGCAUCCGCAGAUUAUGUCGCAGAUUUCUUGCCACCAACCCCUUCUGAAUUGAAGUCAGCAUGUGAACCAUUAAGAUGGAUGGACGUGGCCGUGGAUCCGGUGAUGCUAUCAACCACGGGUGGAAAAGUAGUUCGAGGGCUAGCCGGAAUUCCUUCGGAAGGGCCCGUGUUACUAGUGAGCAACCACAUGAUGCUAGGGCUGGACCUCGUCCCGGUGCUGUCGAGGUUCUGGAUGGAUCAGAACAUCAAACUUCGUGCAAUCGCUCACCCGGGAUUCUUCGAGAGGAUGAAGGACGGGAAGAUACAAGACUAUCCUCAGUUUGAUGUGGUGAGGAUGACUGGUGGAGUUCCAGUUUCAGCAAAUAGUUUAUACAGACUGUUUUCAAUCAAUUCUCACGUUUUGAUGUACCCGGGAGGUGCACGGGAAGCACUUCAUCGUAGGGGCGAGGAGCACAAAUUGAUUUGGCCAGACGAACCGGAGUUUGUCCGCAUGGCGGCAAGAUUUGGGGCGAAAAUCGUACCUUUUGGUUCUGUUGGGGAGGAUGAUGUUCUUCAAUUGUUAUUAGACUGUGAUGAUCAAAUGAAGAUUCCACCUCUCAAGGCCCUAAUAGAAGACCUAACUAGUGAGACUGUUCAGUUGAGGAGUAACACUGAAGGAGAGAUUGGGAAGCAAUAUAUGUACUAUCCUGUGGCUCUACCCAAAUUACCCGGGCGGUUCUAUUUCUUCUUCGGGGAGCCAAUCUUGACGGAAGGUAACAAUGAAGGAAGGAUGUAUUGGUAAACAAAGACAAAGCUAGAGAACUAUAUUUAGAGAUAAAAUCAGAGGUGGAGAAAUGCAUAGAAUAUUUGAUGGAAAGAAGAGAAAAGGAUCCAUACAGGAAUCUUUUAGUUCGUGUGGCUUAUCAGAGCUAUCAUGGCUUCGACUCCCAAAUCCCAACUUUUGAAAUUUGAUUAAAUUUCUAGACAUUCAUUACAUGGAAAAUCUCGUUUUUCAUCAUCA